AUGUCUUCCUUCAUUGUCGAAUUGUGGGAGUCCAUAUUCGUUCCCGGCCCCACGCCCACGAUCCUGCGCGCAACCAACGCCACCUUUGCCGCGCUGCAGCUCACCCUGUUUGCGCUUCUCGUUGGCACCUACAGCAUCCACUUUGUCAUCCUCUCCAUCCUCUCUGCCGGGCUGUGGUGGUCUAUCAACUGGUUCGCGGCCGAGCUACAGGCCGCAAAGGCGCGAGGAGACUUGCCGCCUUCUGGCGCGGGCGGCAGCAGCGGCGGCGGCGGCGGCGGCGGCGACCCGGCCGCUCUCGGGGACGACGACAGGGAGGCGGCGGCGGCGGCCACUGGCCAGACGCUCGUCGCGCCCAAGGAUGGCGGCGGCGGCAGCGACGAGGAUACCGAGGUGGAGGGCCAGGCCAAGAAGAAACGAGGUAAAAGGGGCCAAAAGGCGGGCAAGGAAAAUGUUGCUAGAGUGGUCAAGGCGUCGGCAGAUGUGGAAGCAGUUGAAGCAAAGGGAGAAUUGAAACAUCGCGUCGCUUCCUUGUCGGACUCGACGGGCAUGUCCCAGUCGAGCGCCAGUACCGAGGAUGAAUGGGAGAAAGUCUCGGAGAGCGAGAAUGACAAGACCAAGUAA